GUUGCGAGUUAAUCUUGGGCUACAGCGUGGCUUGCUUUUGAAGAGAAGCAAAAUAUUAUUUUUAACGGGCAAAAAAGCUUUGCAAAAUAUCACUAGAUUUCCUACCCCACAGGUGGAUGUUCUUACUGUACUAAUCCAACUCCUCGUUUUAAAGGCUUGAGUCCGCUGGCGCUCAAUAACGUGAGGUUUGGGGUUAUUUGAAAUUAGUUGCAAUUGUCUAUUUACAAGCAUAUUCUUCUUUGCUGAAGGAUUUUAAAACGCUUGUCUGCAUUUAAGUAAUUUCUGUAGAAUCUGACUUAACCGAGGUUAACGCUGCUGGAGAGCUGCAGCUAAUACUCUGAAAGAAAGGGGCUGCUGGCUCUUGGGCACCCCUCAAUGCAGCUUCAGUGCCUUGCUUGGUCGGGUCGGGACCGCUGUGUAUGGCUGCAGGAGAGGAAAGCUCUUCAGAUUCACAGGCUGGUAUGGACCUAAGUAAUGCUCAGGAACAGCCCAUGGCUGCAGAAGGACAGGAAGUUUUGACAGACUGUAAUCUGAACAAAUCCCAGGAAAUGGAAAGUAUGGAAAACGUAGAAGAUAUGAAGGAACUCAAUCAGUCUAAUGAAGAAGCAGGAGAUGAUGUUAAAGUGAAAGGUGAAUACAGUGACAGAGAGGAGAGUGCUUUAAAUUCAGAGCCUAUGGAAAACCCAGAAGAAUCUGAAAUACCUUACACCUAUCCCAGAGAAUAUAACGAAUAUGAAAGCAUUAAACUGGAAAGACAUUCUGGUUCAUAUGACAACAUCAGGCCAGCUAGUGGAAAAAUGAAUUGUGAUAUCUGUGGAUUAGCCUGCAUUAGCCUCAAUGUCUUGAUGGUUCAUAAGCGUAGCCACACUGGUGAACGGCCAUUCCAGUGUAAUCAGUGCGGAGCUUCCUUUACUCAGAAGGGAAACCUCCUCCGCCACAUUAAACUACAUACAGGGGAAAAACCUUUUAAAUGUCAUCUUUGCAGUUAUGCCUGCCAAAGGAGGGAUGCGCUAACAGGUCACUUAAGGACACAUUCUGUGGAGAAGCCCUACAAGUGUGAGUUCUGCGGCAGGAGCUACAAGCAGAGGAGCUCGCUGGAGGAGCACAAGGAGCGGUGCCGUACCUACCUGCAGAACGCUGGCAUGUGUGAGGCUGCAAACGUGGAGGCAAGGCACAUCAAGGCAGAGAUGGGGAGUGAAAGAGCCCUUGUGCUGGACAGGCUAGCAAGCAACGUGGCAAAGCGAAAAAGCUCAAUGCCUCAGAAAUUUAUUGGUGAGAAGCGACAUAGUUUUGAUGUCAAUUACAAUUCAAGUUUCAUGUAUGACAAGGAAAGCGACAUAAUGCAGGGACGCAUGAUGGACCAGGCCAUAAACAACGCCAUCACCUACCUCGGGGCCGAAGCCCUGCGCCCUCUCGUGCAGACGCCGCCGGCCCCCACUUCUGAGAUGGUCCCGGUCAUCAGCAGCCUGUAUCCCAUACCGCUGACCCGCGCCGACGUGCCCAACGGCACCCCGCAGGACGCCGAGAAGAGCCAUGCCCACCUCAGGGACAAAAGCCUGUCUUCCGACAGAGGCCUUUCCCCGAACAACAGCGGCCAAGACUCCACAGACACUGACAGCAACCACGAGGAGCGGCAGAACCCCACCUUCCACCAAAGCCAGCUCCCUGCCCAGGCCCGCAACGGCCUGCAGUCCCUGAAGGAUUUCCCCAGGCCCUACGACAUAAUCAAGCCCCCUGCCAUCUGCCCGCGCGAUGCCUUCAAGGUCAUCAACAAGGAAGGGGAAGCCAUCGGGGUCUACCGGUGUGACCACUGCCGCGUCCUCUUUCUGGACUAUGUGAUGUUCACCAUCCACAUGGGCUGCCACGGAUUCCGCGACCCCUUCGAGUGCAACGUCUGCGGGUACAGGAGCCACGACCGAUACGAGUUUUCCUCGCAUAUAGCACGAGGAGAGCACAGGGUCGUACUCAAAUAAACGGACUGAUUUUGCAGGGUCAAAGGUUUUCUUCUAGAUCUCAGGGGAGGCUCAUUGGGUUGGUUUUUAAUUAGUAUAAAGAAGCGUCUUGAAUAUUUUUCUAUGCCAGUUUUUAAAUGAGUGUCAGAGUGAGGAGACACCUUUAUUUUUCUUUUUUUUAUUAUUAUUAUUUUUUACAAAUUACUCAGUGUUCUGUAGCAUCUGUGUCUAGCUGCUGUGGUGAGUGGUACUGUAUAAAUACCAGGAGCAGAGACCGAUUUUUAUAUGAACUUUAUUUUUGUGAAAAUUAAGAGCAGUUUUAAGGUGUUUUUAUUUUGUAAUGUGCAUUUGUUUUUAUACUGUAUGCUUUUAACAGUGCAAAAGGUUUUUAUUCCCUACUGCCAGUUUCUCUGCUUGGUCAGAUGUAUAAGUAGAAGCAUAUAGGAGCAGCUUUUUCUUGCUGUUGCAGUCCCAAUGGUCUUCAAAUAACUAAUCCCUGUAACCUGAAAAACUGGGAGGAGUUGUUAAUUCUUUUUGAAGGUUUUUCCCCCCAAAUCUUAAGAGCACACGGUCCCAUCACACUUGCAUUUUUCUUACCCUUCUCUUCACUUUCUUUGAAGUCACUCCCCACAUGCAUCUUACUCACUGAUGGCAAAAUAAGAAACGAGACCUAUUUGGGGCUGUUUUUUUUCUUAACAAUACGCAUUUUUUGGGAUACCCAGUGAGAUCAUCGGCUGGCUCCUCCGCACGGUCUGGGGGAAAUCCCGAUUUUCACUGAUGGAAAGUCCUCCCGUCUGAUGGGUGCCAAGACCGAGGGACGAAACCCCGCUGUGGCUUCUGCCCCCUGCCUUGCUCCUGCCUGGCCCCGGUGGCCGAAGUCGUGUCCGUGCUGCCGGCCCCGGCCAGCCCUGGCCCCGGGAAGGCACCGGGCUCGGGGACGGAGUCACCUGGCCCCGGCAGCAGCUACCGUGAGAAUCUGCAUACACGAACGUGUGGGAGCUGACAGCUCAAUCGCAUUGUCUGGUUUUACGUGGGGAUAUCCCUCGGCGCGAAAUGUGCUGUUUUGCAAAAUGAGUAUUUACAAUUACUUUGAAGCUGGUUUUUAAAAUAGUUCUUUUAAUCUAAUCAUUGCUCUGCAGCUGUAUUAUUAGUCACUGUGCUGGAGAUAUGAGUUUGAUAACAGUUUUGCUGAGUGCAUGUUUAUUCCUUGCAAAGUAUUUUUGUAUAAUGUAGGGUUAGGUGUGUUCUGAUGGACUCUUUUCAGCCAUCGUAUGUUUUGAUACCAACGUUGCUUUUGGACUUUUUCUGAUGUUGCUGUGCCAGCCAAUAUCCGCAACGAUCCAUCCCUUUCCGUGUGGGAAGGCUGGGGCAGAGACACCUGCGUGGGUGCGAAGGGUCAAGAAACGCUGAAUUUCCUUCCUGCCUUUGACCUAGGCUCGCUCUUUUACCUUAGCUCAAGGACUUUCCCUAAUUUUUAAGGUACAAAAAUGGAAAUUACAUUCAUCUUUCCCAGUAAGGCUAUGUCUGAAAAAGGAUAAAUUAGUUUGCUUGGGGAGUGCGUGGGUAUCUAAAUUACUGUAGGCAUGCUACACCCUGCUCAUCUUUGGGGGUAAGGAAAGAGUGAUUUUGCUACCCUGUUUGACGCUGUGUGUGUCAUGGCUCUAAAAUAGGUUUAGGAUCAUUUCCAAUAACCAGAUUCCCAUCAGAAGGCACGGACCAGUGGGCGCUGGACGUUGGUUCUUCCCCCAGCGAACGCCCCUUGUCGUGGCACGACAAUCCUGGAGACCAAGCGAGGCUGCAGUUUCACAAAGGGCUUACCCCGAUCACCCGAGGACGGCGUUUGGGCAGCGGCCGAGGCUUGGGAAGGCUUAGGCCAAUGUCCAACUUCAGCAUGAAUUGUUCCGUAACUCCAUCCCUCGUGCUGCCAUUUCACGGGGGAAGCGACUGCUGCACGUACGCCGCGGCUGGUGAAAACGCUCCUCACGGUUCAGCAGAAAUGAAUAAUGUCACACAUAGCAAAACGUAAUUCGUCGUUUGCACAGGAAGCUCCCCACAUUGCUGAAUGUAUGUCAUGCAGCACCGCCGGUUUCUGUCUCACGUCGCUACCGAAUCCUUGAAAACACUCUUCAGAUUACUCCUGCUCUUCGGUUACCGCUGGGCAGGGCUCCUGCCACCUCCCCCUGCUUCCCCGACAAGGUGAGCAAUCGACCACGGAGCCUCCGAGAAGCUCGGCAGGAGCGAUGCUGCCAGGUUGUCUGAAGGGAAGGACGGAGCUUGUGGCAGCAGCGGGCCCAGCAGGCGCCACUUCCCCACCGCUACUCGGGCAGCGCGGUGCGUUAAAGGGAGG